ACCGAAUUCCAACAUUCAGUGCAUUCACGUGUAGUCAUAUCAUUAUCACGUAUUUAUGCCAUUUUAUGUCUGAAUAAAUUAAAAAAUGGGUGUUUACAGUAGCAGUUUUGUUAUAGAGCCCAACUCAGAAAUGGCUGUCUCAGGAUAUUCCCAUCCUAGCAAAGCAAACUGGAUUACAGCUCAUGCUAUAUCUACUGAACUGAGUAUAGCUGAAGUUGAACGUCUGUGGUUAAGGUUCCAACAGAUGGGAGCAAAUCAAGAUGGCUUGUUGACUCAAGAAACGUUAGCUGUUUCCAAACUGUCUAAUGAUGUGUUCAUUAAAAAUAUUUUGAAAUACUUUAAAAGUUCUGAUGGGAAUAUAUCUUUUGAAUCUUUCCUGCGUGCUCUAAAAUGGUGUGAAAGUCAAGAAAUAGAAGUGAAGUGUAAAGCAAUGUUUCAAAUGCUUAAUAAUGGAAAUCCCAUUCCUAGAGAUAUCUUGCAGAAAAUAUUAAGAAGAAUAUACACUCAAGAAGAUGAAGAAGAGAUUUGGAGGAUAACCAACAUAUUUUUCAACACUUUAGAUACUUCUAGAAAAGGUCAGAUUGAAGAAUCUGCAUUUGUGAAUGCUGUCAUGGGCUUACCUCGAGUCCAGACCCAUGCCAUCCUGAAUUUUCAUAUUUUGUCAGAAAAAAUGCGUGAAAAUGUUCACAAAAAUUUACCAGAAUUCAGCAGCCAGGCAGCAUUCUACACACCUAGCCCAUCUUCUAUGUCUCAGGUUCCUUCUGACAGUCUUCUAGGAGAAGUAGCUCAGAAAAUUUACAAGAAAGACUGGGAGCUUGUCGCUAACAGGUUAGGGUUUCUCUCUGAAGACAUAGAACACAUACGAGCCAGCAACUCAGGAAAUACUUACAAACAGGCUUACACAGUUCUGGUCAACUGGAAGACGCGGGAGAGAGAGAAUGCCAAGGCCAGCAUCCUUGAGAGGGUGCUACGGAAUGCUGGGAUGGUUGAUGCAUCUCUGCUUCUUGCACCUUAAUCAGCCUGACUUUUAGAUUUUGUUAAUGUACUGCGGUAUUGAACCUAUUUGAAAAAGUGGAACAAACUUCCAACAUGAACUGAUUCAAUACUUAAUCUUACUUUUUAAAAAAAAUAUUCAGAAAUUUCAAGGGGCCAGUUAGCAAUGCAUCAUGGGCCGCACUUUGCCUAGGUUGGGCAUCACAAAUGUAGAAAGAGUUGUUUAUACAUUUUUAUUUUUAACAAAUAUUUUAUAUACAUUUUGAUAACAAAAAAAAACCUUUGUAUAUAAUAAUUUAUUAUAACAGUAUUUUUAUUUAUUGUACUCCGUCCUUGAAGAAUAAAUUGUGUUGACAAUUCCAGAAUAAAUAUUUUUUGUCAACAUUUCA